CCCCCUUGCUCUUUCCUUGCUUUCGAUCCACCAAUCCGAAUCGUGCCUCAAUGAUGUCAGGAGCAGACCAGGGUCGGGAGAGGAAGAGAAAGUUGUUGAGCUAACCUCGCUGUCACUGCCUCGCGCUUUGCGCUUAAUUCAGCUUCGGUGCUCUAUCCCCGGAGUAGCCGCGGCCAUCUUGGUCUCUAAUUUUUUUCACUUCUCUCAUCCGUGGCACCGGACAGUUUAGGUAUCCGAUCUAAGAUGAAGACAACGAAUUUGCCGGAACCGUAAACUUCCUAUCAAGAAAGAUUCCUUAGCAAGCUAGGACGAUAGCAAUCACCACAACCACCAUCAACAUCCCACUCUACGCCACGACACAACCCCAAAUCACAACUGAUCAACGUAGUCGACACCACCGUUCAUUUUUCUGGCUCGUCCAGCCAGUCAUGUCCCACGACUUCAGCCUUUUAAUAUCGCCAAGAUGAGAUUAUUCGCACCGUAUUCCCGCGACGCGAUGCGCCGGGCCUCGAGGUCUUUCCACCACAUCGUAACCGUCGGUCGCAUCAGGACUCACGGCCUCCUAAUCCACCGGAGGCCUACACUGUCCCGCCAGUCGCGGCAUGGCUUCUUCACGGCACGAGACAAGGCUCCUCCCAAGAAGACGUCGAUCCCGGUCGCCAUCGUUACCGGUGGCCUUGUCAUCUGGGCGCUCUACCCGUCUGAUGAGUUUGAACGGCUAUCCCUGGCUGAGGAUGACAGAAGGAAGGGAGUCCGCAGCAAUGCGGGAAGCACCAAGCCUGACGAGAGUGCGUGGUACAACUUUGCUCUCAAGUUUGAGACGUUGUCCGACUCUGCCGACAUGGAAUGGACUGCGGACAAGAUUGUUGGGUUCAUCCUGCCGGAGUGGUCAAGAUUGGUACCCGGGUACAUCCGGAAGCUCCAGAGAGAGCUGUCAAUGGCACCCGGAUCUCUAGCAGAUGAGAUUUGGCGAGAAGCUCAUGAUCCCUUCAUUAAUCCGGAGGUGCAAUAUGCCGCCAAGGUCAGAGUCUCCAACGACCUGUGUGACGAGGAAAAGGAGUUCUUGGCAAGGCGAAAGCGAGUCACCACCAUGGCAUUAGCCAAGUACCUUGAUAUCGACGAGAGGGAUGUCCACCCGGACGACGUUCCUACCAUCGCCAUGUGCGGCUCCGGAGGUGGUCUGAGGGCCCUCGUCGCCGGCACGGGCUCCAUGCUUGCCGCAGACGAAGAUGGUCUGUUCGACUGUGUCACGUAUACCUCUGGUGUAAGCGGCUCGUGUUGGCUCCAGGCCCUCUACCACUCGUCCAUCUCGGAGGGCAGUCUUCCACGGGUCCUGCAGCACUUGAAGGCCCGCGCUGGCAUUCACAUCGCCUACCCGCCCGUGGCAUUCCAAACUCUGCUUUCUGCGCCAACGAGCAAGUAUCUCCUAAGCGGCCUCGUCGAGAAACUCAAGGGCGACCCUGGCGCGGACUUUGGUCUAGUCGACGUCUACGGUCUCUUGUUAGCGACGAGAUUCUUGGUCCCCAAAGGUGAGCUGGAAGUGAGUGAUCGGGAUUUCAAGCUUUCCAACCAACGAGAGUACAUCAAAUAUGGCCAGAACCCACUACCCAUUUACACCGCCGUCCGCCACGAGAUCCCCGAGGUCGACAUUGACGGAAGUGGAGCAGUGCCUGCCACGUCAGACGCAGCGAAAGAGGUCGCCAAGAAGGAAGCUUGGUUCCAGUGGUUCGAAAUUACGCCGUACGAGUUCUUCUGCGAGGAGUUCUCCGCCGGCAUCCCGACCUGGGCCAUGGGCCGACGCUUCAAGAAUGGCGUCGACGUGCCUCCCGAAGAAGGCUUCCACCUCCCAGAGACCCGCAUGCCUUUCCUCUUCGGCGUCUUUGGCAGCGCCUUCUGCGCGACCCUCAGCCACUAUUACAACGAGAUUCGACCCCUCGUGCAGAGCCUCGCUGGGUUUGGCGCCCUAGACGGCAUGAUCUCGGGCUACAACGAGGACCUCAGCAAGGUCCACCCAAUCGACCCCGGCACCGUCGCAAACUUUGCCUACGGCAUGGAGGAUAAACUGCCCAAGACGGCCCCGAAAAGCACCUACAAUACCGAGUACAUCCAGCUCAUGGACGCCGGCAUGUCCAAUAACCUCCCCAUCUACCCGCUCCUCCGCCCCGGCCGCGACGUCGACGUCGUCGUCGCCUUUGAUGCCUCCGCAGAUAUCAAGACGGACAACUGGCUCGCCGUCGCCGACGGCUACGCCCGCCAGCGCGGCAUCAAGGGCUGGCCCGUCGGCGUAGGCUGGCCCAAGGCAAGGGAGUCUCCGAAAGAAGUGCGCGACGAACUCUCGGAAGCUCAGGCUGCCUCUGCACAGGAGGCGGACCAGAAGCUUCGCGACGCCAAGGCGCAUCAGCGCGAGCACCAGGCCGAGGAAGGCCAUCGCAAGCCGGAUGAGGACACGAAGAACGGGCAGGCGGCCAAGUUCAUGCCGGGUGAUGAGGAGUCGGGCGAGCUGGGGUACUGUACCGUUUGGGUCGGCACAACGCAGGAGCGGUCGUCGACCGAGACCCCGCCGCCGUCCAAGGCUAUUACCGAGUCCAACUCGUGGCAGCUCAUGGAGGCAGACGCGGGAAUUGCGAUUAUCUACCUGCCGUACCUCGCGAACCCCAAGGCACCUGGCAUCAACCCCGGUACGACGGAUUACCUGAGCACCUGGAACUUUGUCUACACGCCCGACCAGAUUGAAAAAGUGGCCGCGCUGGCGAGGGCGAAUUAUGCCGAGGGGCGAGAGCAGAUUCGCGGGACGGUCAGAGCCGUCUACGAGCGAAAGAAGAAGCUUCGACUGGAGAGGGAGGCGGGGAUCAAGAAGGAUCGGUACCGGAGCUUGGUGAGGCGGGGGAUGGCGCACAAGCUGGGCGAAGGCGAUCAGUUUAGCUAAAGAGACGGAUUAUAGAGUUGUGAGAAUGAAGAUAGAUACCCGAGAAGGUGGAGGACUCUUACAACGAUAGCGUAGGUUAAUUCAGUGGAAGUAGAUCCAUUGUAAUGAAAAGUGUGUUAUUUGGAAGCGUUUUGCAGCCGUCUGGAGAUAUCAAAUAAGGCCAAGAGACAAUGCAGGAAUUCAGUAAAU